AUACUAUGCAGUCACAUGUAGGCAAGAGUCAUUGUCACGUGAGUCAUUGAUUUAUUACGCAGUAGAAGAUUGGCAGAGCAUUAGAGAGACGAGGAGCUUCAGACAAACAACCAUCGGGCGCAGACAGUAAGGUUUCAUGAUGUCAGCCUCAGAAAAAGAGGGCGAUGUGCCUGGUUAUGAUGUCAUGCAACCCACCAUUUUUCCUCCCAAUCCUGUACAACCAAAUGCCAUACCUGUCAACUUUCAAUGGAACAUGAAUCCUGUACCGGCUGGGCCUAACGGGUAUCCGGGAGCUCAAGUGUGGAAUGUCUCAAUGCCUCCACCACAUAUAAUCUUCCAAAACAACAAUCAACAGUGGACCGUCCAACCUUUACCACCAGGCUAUCCAGGGUCCCCUGCCAUGCCCCCUGCCACAUUCCCUGCCACUCCCCAGGAUACAAGGCUGGCUGCCCUACACAAGACAUUUCUUAAAGGAAAACCAUAUGCUCUAGGGAUUGUGCUGAUUGUAACAUCCAUCCUAGAAAUAGCUUUUGGCAUUUCUGUCUGUUUUCUUAUGACCCCACCUUCACUUCUCAGCGGAAUUCUGUUCUGGGGACCAAUCUUUUACAUCAUUGCCGGAUCUUUGUCCAUUUCAGCUUACAAGAAGCCCUCUGUCUGCAAGAUCAAAGGUGCUCUUUCUUUGAACAUCAUAACAUCAAUUUUCAGUAUGAUCACAAUCGUCUUAAACAUUAUAGACUUCUCCGUUGUAAAGUGUGAUGGGAAUGUUUGGUGCUCAGAUAAGCAUGGGUCUGAUGGAUUUACUGUUAUCUCGUUCAUUCUUGUGAUGAACCUGCUGAUGUUCUGCGUGUCGGUCUCCAUAUCGGUAUUUGGGUGUCGGGCUGUGAAAGAAAUUCCAGUAACUGCCCCUCCGAUGUUUACAAUUCAGAAUGAUUAUGUGGUGUCCAUGCCUCCCUCAAAUUUGGCACCAAACACCACCAUGAAUCCCUUCACUCAACCUCAGCAACCUCCCCCUUAUGAGGAAGAAAAGAAACAAAAGCCAGAAAAUGAGACCAACUGACGACAUAAAGAAUAAUAUGUUCUUAUUGAAUGCUUUUGUUUGAGUACUAACAAUGUCACAAUACAUUACAGGAAAUAGAAAUUACACUAAAUUAAAUAAAAAAUUGAAAUGUCCAAAUGAUAAAUACAUAAAUAAAAAAAUUUAAAUAUAUAUAUAUAUAUAUAAUUUCUCAGGUGUGGUAUCCUUCCCAAAGGCCAUAUAUAAAGAAACAGUCCAGGGAUUGCGGCACUUAAAAUGUAUUGUUUCACAUGUAAUAAAUUACAUAUCAAUCAUGUCGUUCCAAAUAAAAGUUUCGGGCUGUAAA